AUGGUUGUCUGGAAUAGCAGUGACUAUAUGGAGCCUGUAUUUAUCCUGAGGGGUUUUCCUGGACUGGAGCAUGUUCAUUCUUGGCUCUCAAUUCCAUUCUGCUUUGCAUACUUUGUGUCAGUUAUUGGCAAUGUCACUAUCCUCUCUGUUAUUUGGGUAGAGUCUUCACUCCAUCAGCCCAUGUAUUAUUUCCUUUCCAUCCUGGCACUAACUGAUCUGGGUAUGUCACUGUCCACGCUUCCCACCGUGCUUGCUGUGUUGUGGCUGGAUGCUCGGGCGAUCCAGGCAAAUGCUUGCUACACACAGCUUUUCUUUAUUCACACAUUCACAUUCCUGGAAUCCUCGGUUUUGCUGGCCAUGGCCUUUGACCGUUAUGUUGCCAUCUGCCGUCCACUACACUAUUCCACCAUUCUCACUAACAGUGUCAUUGGCAAGAUUGGUGUGGCCUGCUUGCUAAGAAGCAUGGGAGUUGUACUACCUACACCUCUGCUACUGAGACGCUAUCACUACUGCCAUAUCAAUACCCUCUCUCAUGCUUUCUGCUUGCACCAGGAUGUUUUUAAAUUAUCGUGUUCAGAUGCUAGAGUAAAUAGCAUUUAUGGGCUGUGCAUAGUGAUCGUCACCCUGGGUGUAGACUCAGUCUUCAUACUUCUUUCUUAUAUCCUGAUUCUGAAUGCUGUACUAGGUAUUGCAUCUCGUGAAGAACGACUAAAGGCUCUUAAUACCUGUGUAUCUCACAUCUGCGUGGUGCUCAUCUUCUUUGUGCCAGUCAUUGGAGUAUCAAUGGUACAUCGCUUUGGAAAAAAUCUGUCUCCCAUAGUCCAUGUCCUCAUGGCUGACAUCUAUCUUCUUCUUCCCCCAGUGCUUAACCCUGUUGUGUAUAGUGUCAAGACAAAGCAGAUUCGAUUAGGAAUUCUCCGCAAGUUUCAAACAGGGAGAAGGCUGUAG